AUGAAAUGUCUUCGAUGGCGAUCAAAUCGCAACCGAAUCUACCUUUUUCUCGUCUGCUCCGCCCUUUUUGUGCUCAGCAAGCACUAUGCGGAACGGGCAAAUGAGCCGGAAAGGGACGAGGAGGAGGAGGAGGUGCUCGAGCCGGCCGAAUUGGAAGACAAAAAAGAGUGCCCGGUGCCCGGAGCCGUCGAAAUCGAGUGCUCCGCGGACGGCGGCAGGCCGAUGCGGUGCUGGAAAGAUCAGGAAGACGUCUACUUUCCCGCCUCCUUCCUCAAAAAACGAUUCGAUUUGAGCGGAAAGAUGGGCAAAGGUUCGGACGGCGGUUUUAGAACAACUUUUAAAGCGAAAUGUUCCAGACGGUUCGACAUUCGAAUUGUCGACUUCAUACGCGAAAAUGCGCAGUCCGGAGACGAAAUAUGACGCAUUGGGCCCUUUUGGCCACUUUUCGACGUACAGCGUCGAAACGAGGGACCGUGUCAGGUGCAUCAGUGCCAAAACUGGUAGGACUUCCAGAAGAAUGCAAGAAAAACGGAUUUAUGUUCCAGGAGUGCCAAUGUCGACCCAAUGGGACCCGGUUCCCUACUAUUAUCCGAUUCAGAUCGCCCAGUACGGACUCCAACAUUAUAGUCGCAUGAAAUUGGGUAUUAUAUUAAUGCAAAUGCGCUCUAUUGAGAAUUUGACGAUUUUCAGCCCAGAAUUCGAGCAAAUCGGACGAGGUGAUCGUCGGAGAGAAAUCGGCGGAAUGGAAGGGCGCCGCCGGAAUGCACGACACCACCGAACGACUCUUUUUCGACGACGAAACAUUCGGAAGGGCUGUCAAUAUCAGUGCUGGAUGUCAGUUUUCCGAUAGAAUUCACUGUUUUACAUAUGUUUCCUGUCAUCUAAAGCGAGAGCGGGUGUUUGUAGCAUUUUUGAAACUGCAACCAUUUCCAGACGCUCUGGCGAACGCCGGAGCCUACGUUUACCUGAACAAGUCUCCGGAGUUCCACGUGAUUUCAUUCGACUGGAAGCCCAUCGACGCGAAUUCCUCGUUUACAGUACUCGCAAAAGUACGCCCCCGCCCCCGGAUCCAAAAACGAUCCAAAAUUCUUUUUUGCAGAUGAAAGAGGACGAUCUUCUGGUGCUGAUCAACUACGUGUACUCGGACGGAAACGGAAAGUGCGUGUGGGCGGAGGAGGAGAAGGAGAGCGACGACGAGACGAUAAUUCGGACGCGGAAGGACGGCCAAGUGUCGUUUUCGUACGCGUUCGAGGGAAGUGCGCCCCACGGAGAAUGGUCGACCGUCACCCGCGACUUGCUUGUCGACGUGGCACGCGCCCUUUCCAGUGCCGACAAUCGCAAGAAGGACGAUAAUGUCGUGCUGCAUCCGGGUACGCAAUUUUCUUGCUCUAUGAAACUAUGAUCGUUAUAUCUCUCAUUUAACCCCUUUUUUGCAGGUGACAUUCGUCUCGUUUCGCUCGGAUUCCGUGGUCAGCUGACCGUAAAACAACGCAUUUCUCAGCGGCGGGAGCAGCACUCGGACGCAUUCCGAUCGGCCGCCGACUGGUUGGCACGGAGCCAAGACGCCCAGGGCGGAUGGGCGGUGCCAGUGGAAAGGGCGAUCGCAGAGAGGAAACUGGUUUUGCCGCCCGGAUGGCACAGCGCCAUGGCCCAAGGUUAGGGCAAGUGCACUCCGCUGCACUCGUGGCGCGAGAUUUGAAAUUUUUGGCGUAUAAAAAAAACAUCUCUAAAAUCAGUUUUUGCAGGACACGGAAUGUCGGUGCUCACACGUGCCUGGCACGAGUUUUCGGAUGAAAAGUACCUGAAAGCGGCCAUAGACGCUCUGGAUCUGUUCAAAAAGAACGCAUCGGAGGGCGGCGUGCGGGCGUCGUUCUUCGGCAUUCCGUGGUUCGAGGAGUAUCCGACCACUCCGGGCUCCUUCGUGCUCAACGGAUUCCUCUACUCGCUCAUCGGACUCUACGACCUUUCGCAACUCAGAAUCCACCCGGAAACGACGGAAAUCGUGAGAAAACGGGUGGCGGAGGCGAGCGAAUUGUACGCGGAGGGCGUCCGAUCGCUCAAACAGCUCCUUCCUUUGUACGACACCGGCAGUGGAACCAUCUACGAUCUUCGCCACGUCGCCCUCGGAACCGCACCCAAUUUGGCCAGGUUUCACAUUUUUCUGCUUGAAAAUUGGAAAACUUGGGCAAAAAAUACGAAAUUUCAGAUGGGACUACCACGCGGUGCACGUUUACCUCCUCAAAUGGAUCGCCGGCAUCGAGAACGACGAUUUUUUGAGCAAAACGGCCGAUCGAUGGAUCGGAUACGCCUACGGAAAACGCGCGAAACACAACUGA